AGGAGGAGGAGGAGGGUGGGCAGAGCUGCAGCCUUGCUCCGACCCCCCAUUCGGCGCGACCUGGAUCUGAGAUUUGUUCCCGAAAGGAUGGUCCCUUUCAGCUUCCCUCUGUCCAAGUGUGCACUUUGGGACCCAGUCCCCAUGGGCGAUGUCAUUGGCGCACAUGUUACCUACUACAGAAACCCCAAGUUAUCUCUGCUGGAGAAAACCUUACGCCUUGCCUAUCGCCAUGCAAAGCAGAAUGAAAAGAAAUUGCUCUCCUGUUUUCUGCUUGGGACCCUUGCAGUAAGCGAAGAUGGGGAAGGCGUAACGCUGACAGUCGACCGCUUUGAUCCUGGUCGGGAAGUUGCUGGCGGAUCGGGCAAAAUUCCGACUGCAUCUCUUCCUGGAGACUUUCUGAUUCCAUGUACAGUUAGUGCCUGGGGGCCUUCUUCAGAUAAUGUUAUAGUGCACAGUGCUGAAGAUAUCGGCUCAGCUUUCAAGGGUCUGCAGAACAGUCUGUGCAGUAAAGAAUCACUGGAUCUUUCUAAACUGCUCACUAUUAGAGCUCACAUUGUUUUCACAGAAAACCUGGAUAAUCUACAUUUUAAUUUUCGCUGGGCUUCUAUUACUGUGGCAAAUACCUUGGAAUACACCCCCGUGAAGUCUGUCCCAAUUAUUCCAACAGCCCUUGCAAGAAAUUUGAACAGCCCUAUGAGUAUUGCACAAGUUCAAGGAACCUGUAAAUGUGGCUACCUUACUAUGGACCAAACACGGAAAUUACUUUUGCUGCUUGAGUCUGAUCCCAAGGCUUACGCUCUGCCAUUAGUUGGAGUUUGGCUGAGUGGAGUUACUCAUAUCUGUAGUCCUCAAGUCUGGGCCUGUUGCUUGCGAUAUUUGUUCAGUUCUUCAAUUCAAGAAAGGGUGUUUUCGGAAUCUGGGAGGUUUCUUACUGUGCUUUAUUCAUUGACACACAAGGAACCAGAGUUUUAUGAGUGUGUUCCUUGCAGUGGACAGGCUGAACUGGGGUUUCAGAUCUUAACUUGCCAUGAGACAGUACAGCUCUUCAAAAAUGUUGAACCCUCAGACAAGACCCCUAUCCAAUUUGAGUUGAGUGCAGAAAACCAAAAUGCAGAAACUGAGUUCUUCAGCAGAGUUUGCAAGAAACUUCCAAUCAGAAGUCCUCUCCAGGGCUCUUCACCCAGCAAGUUGUCAGCAAGCGAUCACGACUCUGGUGUAGAAGAUGAGGAUUUAUCCCCCAGACCAAUUCCAAGUCCUCACCCAGUGAGUCAACAGGUUACCAGGAUUUUUCCUUCAGUGCCAGAACUGUCACUUAUUUUGGAUGGGAGUUUCGUGGAAUCAGGACAAUUGUCUAAGCCUAUGGGGACUUCAAAUGCUAAAAGUCUACCCUCAGUGCCAAAUCAGCCUAUUAAAAAGAAGUCCUGCUUGAGAUCUACAUGUCACCCCACCCAGCACUCUGAAGACAGGCAGAACUUUUCUGCUAAUAUGGGAGAUCCCUCUUUGAGGCAAUUACCAAAUCCUAUAAACCAGAAAAUUCCAGCUUCAAUACCUUCCAGAGGAAAGCAAGCUCUAGUACAGCAGCAGAUGCACUGUAAGAACACUUGCCCUCAAUCAAGAAAAAGUUCAGGGUCGUCUUCUCCUUCAACCCCUUGUAGUGGGCCUUCCCCAGAUACAUCUGUGCACCACGCCAGAAAGCCAUCAGAGAGACUUGUAUUAAAUCCCGAAAGUGUCACACAACAGGGAGAUCCUCCAGUUAGGAGAACAUCGGUAUCCUCUUCCAAGCAGCUUCCUGCUGUUACACAGCCAGUCCUCUACAACUCUGCUUUCCCACCAGAGAGCUGCAGACACCCACCAGACCUGCAGGUGCCAGUUCAAGUGCCACCUUGCUGUCCAGGAUGCAGCUGUCAGUGUCCUGCUUCCAUCCACUAUAAUCCGGUAAACUCGUGGCAAGGAAUUGCUAAAAUGAACCCCAAACAUGGAGCGGAGAUCCAGUUGGAGAUGGCUCAACAGAAGCCAUGUGCAGUGCUCCAUCAAAAUAUCAUUUGCCCAAAUAUUUGCUGCAAUCCAGGAUAUGCCCCAAGCGGCCCUAUAAGCCCGAGCUGUCAUGGGAAAGCAGGGAGCUGUUCUCUGGACAACAGCUUAUCACCUGGAACGAGGAUGCCGUCAAGUGCGGGCCCCUCGAGUCCGCAGUUCUGUGCAACCCACUCACCCUGCCUGCACACGCCUGCUUCUAAAGCAGGAUCAGAUAAUGGAAUGAUGGGAUUAUCUCCAGAUGCAUACCGGGUUCUUACAGAGCAAGAUAGACAACUCAAAUUACUUCAAGCUCAGAUCCAACGCUUACUGGAAGCACAGGCUCGCCAGGCUUGUUCCUCCGAGCCGGCAGCAGCAAUCCAUGCUCUGCAGCCUGAGAAGCAAAGGGACCUCGUUUCUAUGGAAACACAGACCUCACCACGUUCGCACAUGAGGAGAAGUGUGAGCGUUGCUGUGAGCACAGGUGCUAGUUUAUUUUGGAAUACAGCCUCAGAGAAACAAGACGAUUCCAUACCCCAGGGGAAAAAAGAGGAUGAAGAGAUUUCCAAGGAAGACAUAAGCAUUUCAAUUAGUGCUGAACAAGAUGCAAGUAAUACAAGUAUUGCUUCUUCUUUAAGAGUGGUUGACAUUCCCAGCUUCGUAGAGAGUACUCAUCUGGUGGAAGAAGGAACUAAUCAGAGCAUUCCCCAGAGGAACAGGAAGGGGGAGGAGGGUCGCUUAAGGAUCUCGUCAGGAUGAUGGUAGCAUUGAUAUGUCUGG